AUGCUGGGCCCGGCGGUGCGGCUGGCGCUGGGCGCGGGGGAGCUGGGGCUGCCGGCCCGGCUGCCGGCCCUGCUCUGGCCCGCGGUACUGCUGGGGGCGGCGGCUGCAGCGCUCAUCGUCCUGCGGGGGCUGCGACGGGGCCGCCCUGCGACGGGGCCCCGCCGCCUCCGCCGGGACAACGGGGUGGGGCGGGGGCAGGAGGAUGAGAACGAGAAUGGCCCCCGCCGGGCGGCCGGGACGCUGCCGGCGCGGCAGCCGGAGGAACAAAGGCGCACGGCGCAGGUUCCAGUGAAUAGUGAAAUUAUAACGUCAGUCAACAUCAAAGAGAAAAAGCUUGUCAAGCCUAAGAAGAAGAGGAAAGCCCAGUGCUCAGAUAGGAAGGUGCCAAAAGACCUGCUUUUUGUGGAAAAAGACAAACUGCAAGAGGAGGAAGGAGUUUGGCAGACCAAGAUCAGCAGCCGAGAAAAGAGACACUUAAGGAAGGAAAGGCUGAAACAAAAAGACCCCAGCAGAGCAUCUCUGGGUAGCUUGGUGGUUGAGCAAGCCUUUCAGUGGGAUGAGAAGAGAAUGCUGUGGCCCCUCACAGAGGACACCAGUGGUGGUGGAAAAGGUGUUCUCAUUGCCAAGGCAGAGUGUGGGACUGCACUGAAGGCGUCAGGAGACAUACAGGAAGAAUCGGCGCUCUCCCUGGCAGAAGAGGAUGUUUUCUCCAAUGUAGGGACAUGGGAUAUUGCAGAAAUAAAGUCCUGUCCUGUGACCUUUGGGACAUUAUCAGACCUGUCCAGGGAGUUAGAUAACAUGAAGAAUAAAUCAUCAGAGGCUAGUCCUUCCAGAUGCUGUUGGCACACCAGCUCGAGUUUCCUCCCCACAGACGAUGCAUGGCAGGGGCAGGAUGAUCAUUCAGCGAUUGACCUAGACUCUGACUGGAAGGCUCCCUUGGAAGAGUGGGGAAAUUGGACAGGAGAUGAGGAGCACAAGACAGGGGACAAGAAGGAGAAGGAUUUGCUAAAAGGCGAAGCAGGCAUUCAUUUCUGCCUUUCUGGACUUGAAAACAAAAUGCAGCAGAAGAAGAAAAUUGAAGUAAAAAAAGCAAAAGGUGGAUCAGGACUGAGGCUUCUCCAGGAAGGUUUGGAAACAAGAAUGGAAGAAGGCCCAAGAGGUUUUUUAUCCAGAAAACAUAGCAGUGAUGCAGUCUAUACUUCCUUCAAAAACUCCUUGGAUGUUGCUAUUAAUUCACCCAGUAAUGGUGUACCUGGAAAAAAGGAGAGGAGGAAGAGGAAGAAAAUGAAGAAAGAGACUUGAAGGAGCUGCGCAGCUGCCAGAGUGAAAACACAAUGGGGCAGGCAUGCCAGUGAGCUGCAAGGAUUCUGCUUUCUGUGAUGCUGCACUGAGUCCAAAGCAAAGAAAGGCUCUAGGAGACCUCCCAGGGAGACAAAGAGGAGAAGAGGAGCAGUGAGCCAGAGAGCAUGAGUGAGUGAGAGAACGGAGAGAAUGAGCACACUGUGCACAGGAGGUGGCAUUGGAACAGAGUAGCUGUUCAUUACAAACUGCUGCCCUUGGUUAAAAGCUGUUGAAUGGGGUUUGACUGGUUGCAUUAAGUCUUUUCAGUUUUUCACUCUCAUGUUGUUUGUCAACUUGUAAUGUUAUAUGCUAUUGUAGAAAUAGUCAGAACACUCCUGACUGUGACUGUACUUUGGUCCCAUGGAGGAUCCACCAGCUAGUCUGGUCUCCUCUGUCUUUUUUGCAGAGGUGCUCGUUGACAGGCUAGUAAUGUACAGAAGGAACCACUGGUCAGAGACAAAGGGAGAAUACACGGAUCAUUCUUAAACCUCCUAAAUCUUUUUAAACCUUGUUGGCUGCUGUUACCUGACUACUGCCUCAUACCUUGAUGUAUUUAUACUUUUCAUGCUACAUCAGGCUAACUUGUUCUACAAGGGAAAAUUCCUAAAAGAGGUUUUAAAAUUAUUUGGAAAGAUGAUCUAAACCCUUUAUUUCUCCUCAGGUUUCACAGUGGACUAAAGUUUAAAGUCUGUAUGUCCAAAGCAUGUUGCAUUUGUACUUAGAGUAGACUGAAGUAACUUUUAAAAAGAACAUUUCUUAAUCUGAUGUCUGAAGGUUUUUAUAAUUUUGUUAAAUAUUCCAAUAUAAAUGAAAUCUGUGAAUGAAGUUUUUUAAAAUGUCAUUUUAGUAUUUAUUGAAGAGUGUGUAUUUCUCGUUGUCAGAGGGCUUAUGGUAUGGAGGAGGGAUUGUGUUACAAUUGAAUACUGAGGUUUACAAACAGCGCAGAGCUGUCAUCACUAAAAGCUGAAGCUCUUUAUCUCUAGAGGAGCUGCAGCUUUAUUGGCAGCUGUGAGGGUUCCAUCAGAUGGUCCUGAGACUGUGCCUCCACCUGACCCAUCCUGGAAGUGCUGCCUUGAACAUGAGGUAGUGAUUGCCAGAUCUCCCAUCUGCAUUGGACUUUGUGCCUUUGGAGAUUGUGUGGGAAGAUUACAUUGGUAAUAUGUUAAAUGUACACAAGUUUGUAAGCAUUGGGCUGAUGCGCUGAAACUCAUUUCACAUGGGACACCUAGUAACUAGGGAUGAUAAUGGCUUUACUCGGCCACAGCAGUACUCCUGAUUGCAUCAUUGGUCUGGAAGAGAGCCACGUGCUUCUGCCAUUGCAGCCACUCAGUCCCUGGUGCUGGCUUGUCUCAGCUUUCCCUGCAAUUCUAUGCUAUUACCUGACAGCUUUCAUCUGCAUAGCUGUCAAAGCAGCUGUAUCCUUCAGAGAAGCAAUUAAUUGCAGCAAUGUAUUUGUGUUUGGAGCUUAGCUACUAUAUGUUCUCUUGUGCUGUGACUGUUUGGGUAGUUAUCAGUACAGUGACUCCUGAAAAUUCAGCACAGCAGGAUUGUUUCAGAGGGGCAGGUGAAGGGUGCUCUUAACUGCUACAACUUAGCAGCCCACUAUCUAGACUCUGCAUGUCUUGGUGUUUGUGUUUCAGUGUAGACAAAAUAUAGGCAGUUUAUGAGCGGACUGAAUAGACCAAAGAGCUUUCAUCUGGAAAGUGGCUGGUUUGGAACAGAGGCAUAGCAAGAUACAUGGCAUCACUCGGGAAACAAGUACAGCAAGUUCAAGGAUUUAGAAGAGUAUGUGGGUAAUGACUAAAGUUCUGCUAUCUCUGAAGCCAAUGGAAAACAUUCAUUCAUUGACCUCAUUGGGGCCAGGAUGUUGCUCAAGGUCUUUGUUUAACACUGAAGAUAACCUGUCAUCAAAAAAAAAAAAAAAAGGAAGAAAGAAAGAGAUAAAGAGAGGCUCCAGAUUUCUUCUGUAUUUUUCCUCUGUAUAUGCUUGCAAACUUUUUGAUGUCUGUGUAAUUAUGUUUUAUUUCAGAUGUUCAUUGUUUUAAUAAUAAAUAUCAAAACUUUUGCCCAAA